CGCAGCAGCAGCAGCAGCAGCAGCAGCGGGAGGAGCCCGGGGCCGCCGCCCGAGCGAGGCUCACGGGCGGUGUCCGGGGCCAGGCGAUGUGGGAGAGCCGGGCUUCUAGUCACAGCUCCGUGUAGGCCAGUCACCGCCGCCAUGGCGCGGGUGCUGAUCGUGGGCGCCGGGCCGACCGGCAGCCUGUGCGCUGCGCUGCUGCGGAGAGAGCUGCCGCAGCGCCCGCUGCGCAUCGUGCUGUGGGACAAAGCCCGGGGAGCAGGAGGAAGAAUGACUACAAGCAGGAGCCCGCAUAACCCUCGCUGUACAGCGGAUCUGGGCGCACAGUACAUAACGCUUAGACCCGCCUAUGCCCAAAAGCAUCAAAGCUUCUACGAGGACCUUUUGGCCCAUGGUGUGUUGAAGCCAUUGACUGCCCCUGUCGAAGGAAUGGUGAUGGAAGAAGGAUCUCACAAUUUUGUGACACCUCAAGGAAUCUCUUCAAUUGUCAAGCAUUAUUUAACAGAGUCAGCAGGUGCAGAUGUCCUCUAUGAACACCAUGUAACACAGAUCUACCUCAGAGGGGGGAAAUGGGAGGUCUGCAAGAAAACAGGAUCCCCAGAACAGUUUGACAUAGUUGUUCUCACAAUACCUGUUCCACAGAUUCUUCAACUUCAAGGUGACAUUGUGAACAUAAUUAAGGAAAGUCAAAAGCAGCAACUGGAAUCUGUGAGCUACUCCUCUCGUUACGCUCUGGGACUCUUUUAUGAAGCUGGCACAUGGAUUGAUGUCCCCUGGGCUGCACAGUACAUCACCAAUAAUCCCUGCAUACGCUUCAUCUCCAUCGAUAAUAAGAAGCGCAAUAUAGAGUCUUCUGAAUUUGGGCCAUCUGUUGUUGUGCACACCAGUGUACCAUUUGGAACUGCACAUCUAGAAUGGGAUAAGGAAAAGGUACAGCCGAUAAUCCUGGAUCAUCUGGAAAAUAUUAUGCCAGGUCUGCCUAAACCAACUAGCAUCAAGUGCCAGAAGUGGAGAUACUCUCAGGUUACAAAAGCCAUCCCCAGUUGUCCAGGACAAAUGACUCUUCACAUCAAACCUCUCCUGGUGUGUGGGGGCGAUGGAUUUACUCAUUCCAACUUUGAUGGGUGCAUAGAUUCUGCCAUAUGUAUUGUCGAGGCUUUAAAGACUAAUUUAUAAAGCAGUCUACGUAUAGUUUUAGUUCUAUGGUGAAUUUUACCAUGACGUUAAAUUUCAGUGUAUUGUUGACCUGAUUGGCCUACAUUUUACAUUAGAAAAAAAAACAUCAAAAAUUGCUUAUAUCUGUUUGAAUGGAAAUAAAUUUUGAGGACUCUGAUAUGUAUUUUGCUGUUCUGCUAUAAAGGAAACUCUUCUGAUGGCCUGAUUCCACUAUCUUUUUGCCCAUUGAUUUCAUCUGGUAUUACAAGCUGAAAGGGUAAAAGAUGCUUUUGAAAUGUCAUACUGGGCAAUGCAGUACCUUUAAGAAGGCCCCUAAAAAUGUCUGAAAUUUUUACCCUAGGAAUACACACUAGUGUCAGCUCUUGAUCUUUGCCCAAAACUCUCAAUGAGACCCGUGGGCAUAGGUGCUGGAACGGAGGGUGCUGCAGAACCCCUGGCAUGACAUGGUUUCCAUUAUAAACAGGGUUUACAGUUUGGUGCAAUGGCUCUCAGCACCCCCACUAUAGAAAUUGUUCCAGCACCCCUCUCAGUGGGAACCCAGCACACAGAACCAGUAUAACCAGUGGCUGUAACAGUUACAAGUACACUUUUCAGACGUGGUUGCCAAAAGUUGGCCUGUUAAAUCCAUAGUUAGGUACCUAAAUAAGUGUCCUUUUCCCCCCAGAGGUACCAAGUACCCAGCAGCCCCCAGUGAAGUCAGCAAGACUCCUGGGUGCUCAGUAUUUUUGAAAAAUCAGACCAUUUAUUUAAGUGCCUAAGCUGACUUGGGAGCCUAACUUUAGGCACCCAUGUUUGAAAAUCUUGGCCUACGUCAAGUUCUUCUGGAGCUAUAUAGUACAUAUUCAGAAUAAAAUCCUGUCCUUACUCUCUGAGGUCAUGGAGAUGACAGAGUAGAGUAAUAUCACCACCUAGUAAGUCCCACAGAUUAACUAAUGAACCAGGCCCCCUCCCCCACAUCUCAGAGGGACCCUACUACCAUCAGGGGAGGGAGGGAACACACACACCCCCUACAACAACUACAAACCAUCCAGCACCAAGAAGCUGGUGGGGCAUCACAGGGGGAUGGCCCAGCCUGCAUGCUGUGGCAAGAGCCAACACGUUAGAUUGGAACCCAGGCCAGCCCUGCAGGGCAGGAGCUGCUGUAGGGUGAACAUGGAGGAGGCAUCCCACACCCCACUGGGAGAACACACACAGCUCCAGUUGCCAUACUGCAUAGGGCCCCAAAGUUUGUUCACCCAGCACUGCCCCAAACCAUCCAACAUACAUUUGAUAGGUCCUCCUGGUGCAGAGUGGGUAAGGUUGAUCAUUGGGGCUCUGGAGAACGUGGAGUGGGACACAUCUUACUGCUCUUCUAAAAAGCAGCAGAAUGUACUCACUGCCCAAAGCCAGCUGCAUUACCCACUGGGCUAGUCGAGGGUCUGACUGUGUCUCCAAGGCAAAAGAUCACGUCUGUGGGGCUAUAGUGUAGUUACUGCCUGCACGUCCCCAUCACUGUUCCCGUCCCUGUCCCCCACACUGUCUUACAUUGCAGUCCUACCAUGCAAGCAAACAGUGGCUCCCUCUCCCCUCACUACCACACUUGUGCAGCACAGGGUUGGGCCCAAAUGUAAUAGAAAAUCCAAUAUCCAGUGCAAGAUGACUGGUAACAUUAUUUACUUAAUUAGAUCAUAAUCUGUGCUCUGGGGUUAUCUGUUUUUUGUGUUUCUUAGGUGGUGUAUUUAUCUUUCUUUAUUACUAGUCAAGUAACACUGGCUUUAAAUUCAGAAGAUGUUACUGACAGCUUUCUGCAAGCUCAGAGAAGGAUUUAUUUCUUUGCUUCUAGAGCUGAAGUACCAAUAAAAUGUGUUGUCUAUCCUAAAAGUGGUGCAACCAGAAAUAAACAGCCUGUACCUCUGAAAGGAAGAAAGAAGAGAGUGCUAGAAAUAAUAGGUGGACAUACAAAUGUAUAUUUCUCAUGUCACUAGAUUUGUUAGCUCAUAGUAUUUUCUAAUAUAUACUUUUGCAUCUGGGCUGUAACACUGAGUUGUAACACAAAGUUAACGUCAGUGAAUUUAACUAACACACCUACCCCAUUACUGGACCAGAAAAUAGAUGCACUUAAAAUAGUUCAAUAUUUACCAGAUUAGUGGUUCAGCAAAUAAUGCAUCAUGCCUCAGUUCUUUGACCCUUUGCUGCCUGAAGAGAAAUUGAUCCUUCACUUCUUAAACAGGAUGCACUCUAGUGACUAUAGAAAAGGUACAGGAGAAGCAACUAUAGAAGAAUUUGCCAUUGCUUUAGUGGAUAACAAAUUCAAAGAAAAAGUGUAUAAAAGAACUUCACAUGAGCAUAAUUACAUAACAGUGUAAUAACAGGAAUAAAACUGUGAUGGCUUUCCAGGUUCAGAGUUACAGUAGCUACACUAGAAACAUUAAAACUAGGGCUGU